AUGCUGGCUGGAGGACUCACAGACCAAAGUACUGAUGAUCCUGAAUUUAUGGAGCAGGCUUGGAAAGCCGCGACCAAAGUGAAUGAAGAAGCGAAUGAUGGCGAAUACUACAUGAUUCCAACGAAGGAUGUUCCAGUUGACCAGUUGAAAGCAUCAAAUUGUGCACCUAAAGAAGGUGGAAAACGAGUCAUUUACGAAAUUAGUGUGCUUUCGCAACCAUGGCUGAACUCUGAGCAGGUCGGCGUGAAGGUAUUGAGAGUUCUUGAUCCUGAUGAGCAGGUCUAA